UUUUAUAUAUAAACUUACCUUUUGCAGGGUGCUUGACAUUUUAGAAAUGGAGGCGUACAAUAGAUUCAUCGAUUACUUUAUGGACUUUCACAAAGUGCGAAAGUUCCAAGAGUUUUGCGGAUUGUCUGCAAUAGAACCUUCACAAGAUUCCCAAUCAAGUCCUGAUCAAAGCACAGGAAUAUCAUCAAAAAAUUCCCAACAUACCCCUCAUGAUGCAUCUUCACCUUCUUAUGCAAAUGCUCCAAUGAAAUCAGUGCCAAGGAGUUGUCAAGAAAAUAAAGCCCCGAAAAAGCAACCACUUAACUAUGCAGUUAAUAAUAAAUUUUUACAUCACUUGUUUCUGAUGGCAUCUAUGCUUGGCACUGAAGUGUUCUAUAUAACAGGAAUCCCGAUUAUAUUCUGGAAUCUGGACAUGUAUAUGGCAAGAAUGGUCAUUACAGUUUGGGUUGUCACAAUGUACCUUGGGCAAGCAGCAAAAGAUCUCUUACGAUGGCCCCGUCCAACUUGGCCUCCUGUUUUCAAAUUGGAAACAAGGGUAGAAGCAGAAUAUGGAUUACCUUCAACACAUGCAAUUGCAGCGACAUCAGUGCCGUUUACCUUGUUUAUUACUGCUAUUGGAAGAUAUGAUGUGAAUAUCCCACUCUGUUUCUUCCUCGCUACAUGUUGGUGUUUGUUGGUUUCGUUAAGUCGACUUUAUGUUGGCAUGCAUUCCAUAUUAGAUGUAAUGGCAGGAAUAGCAUUGGCUACAGCCUAUUUAUAUUUUGGGUGGCCGUUCAUGGAGAUGGUGAAUGAUUACACAAUAUUUUCGAAAUAUGCUCCGUAUAUCAUUAUUAUAUCUCAUUUCCUGCUUGCAAUUUUUUAUCCAAUUGAUCCUGACAGAUGGAGUACAUCAAGAGGAGACACAGUAAUUAUUUUAGGAGUUGGAGCUGGAGUGCAUUGUGCAUCGUGGUUUGGAAAUUAUUAUGGUUUCAACUGGGAACCGGCGGGUGAGAUGCCAUAUGCCGUUGCUCUUCCAACAUUAUACCAAUUUGGAAUUGGUGUUGUUCGAUAUGUGUUUGGAAUUGCAGUACUUCUGUUGGUUCGAGCUCUAAUGAAAUAUAUUAGUCUCCUAAUUCUUUGCCAUGCUGUAAGUGUACCUAAAGAUGAUGAGAUGUCCCGAAGACGUACAGAAAUCGAAGUGCCAUACAAGUUUGUUACUUACGCGUGUGUUGGCUUCAGUGCAAAUUUCAUUGUCCCAAUGAUUCUACAACAUGUUGGUCUUGUUUUAUAGUUGAAUAGUUUUAAAAUAUAAUUGCCACACUUUAAUUUUCGUUCAGGCAAAUUUAGUGUUUAAACAAUUUUUCGUGCAAAUAUACUUACAAUUCUACCAAAGAAGUUAUUGAAAAAUCAAUUUUUUGAUUUAUACAAUAAAGAUGUGAUAAUUCAAUGAUUUGCUUUUCCUAAACCUUACUAUUUUAAAUAUAUCUAAAAUGGCAAUAUAAAUUUAAUGCAACUAUUGCAUUGCAUCACUAUUACACCACUUCACAAUUUUAGAAUGACUUUUAUCAUUGUUGCAACUCUUUCAGUACUACUUUCAUCAGAUACUACAAUCUGCGACAUUUCCUCUUUUGCGUUUCGAAAAUUUUAAUCGUACAUUGAAUCACUGCAGUGCCAAAGCAAAAAGUUUCAAAAUAACAAAAAAUCUAUUAGAACCAUUAAUAAACUUUUCACUCUGAAUAAUAUGUCCUGGCCAAAGUAUGAUGCUCAUGAAUGCUUGUGAAUGAUAAAAUUUUGUCAAUCUUUCAAAAUUAUUUUUUGAAUUUUGUUUGUUCUAUGUUAUAGUGAAAUAAUUUCUUUCUGGCAUUAGUACCUGCUGUAAAUUAUUUCAACGACCCUGUACACCUUUGUUUUUGGAGUCACAACUGAGAUUGAGUUGAAUUUGGCAUGUGGGUUGGAUUCCAUAUUACUCGAAAACUAUUUGGGUGGUAUUAUUUCCUUUGUUAAAUAUUUUUAAAAUCGUACUCAAUGGCAAAAAGACUAACUAAUUAUUCAAGUUUGAUUGUUUUUUCCAAAGCUUGAAUUUAAGUUGUAUAAUGAUUUUUUCUAAUAAUGAUAUUUAAACAUAUAAAAUUACUAAUUGAAUUUACCACAACCAAUAAUUUCUUGUAUGUUAAUGUAGCCAUACUUCUAAUGAAACCUCAUUUUCUUGUUUUUAAUUAUGCAUAAGCCUUAAUUAUUGUUUCUUAAUUGUUUCAUCAUUUCCAAUGCAGCCUUGUUGUACGUUUGAGGUGUUUUUUUUUAGUAUUUUUGCAGGCAGUAGUUUGUAUUUUCUUAAUUUUUCUGAAUUUGAUAUCUCAUUAUCUCAUUUGCAUUGACCAAACUGUGUUGAACUAAAGUUAUUUUAAAUAAAACUAGAUAUGCUAGUUAUGGUUAAGCUCAAGUAAUAAGAUAAUUUUUUUGCUACAGUUUAUAAGUACUAUUGAUUUUGCAUUUUUUUUUAUUGCAAGUCGACUUUUUCAGAAAAUUGGAUUAGCAGCUUCCAUAUUUCCACCAUUUUCAAUGCCUGAUUUAGAUUACGAUUGUCAUAAUUUGUCACACUUUACAAGUACUAUCAUUUUUGAACACUAUAUUUUAAUUAUGUUCCACCAAUGAAUGUAUAAGGAAAAUGCAGAAUAUUCUAGCAUUGAUUAAUUAAUGAUUUGUAUCGAAUAUGUGCUAUUUACUCCGUCCAUCUAUUAGAGUCGAAAAUAUAUUUUUUCUUUAUUUUUAAAAAAUGAAAUUUUAUCAUGAUUAUAUAUUUUUUCAUCGUAUCAUGUAGUACUGGCAUUUUGUAUUACAGUUGGUACAGUACAACCAAAUUUUUGAUGUUUUUGAACAUUCCUUCUGUAACUAUUGUUAUACAUAUAUUACUAUUGUUAACCAUUUAAUGGGCAAAAUAUGAACACUUGAACUGCAUGAUAUGAAAAUCACAAAUUUGUCGUCAAUUAAUGAAAUUUAUUGUUGCAAAAUAGACUUGAAUUUUCCCGCAAUUAUGCAAUGUGAAGUGAAAAUGGAGUUGAGCUGUUUUGUUUUUCUUUUUGUAUUCUGGUUGUAAAACAUAAUUUAGGGUCUAAAUUUUAGACAGUACACUGAGUAGAAUUAUAUUUUUAUUAACAGUUCUGGGAGGCAUUGAUAUAACCCCUAUAUUGGUAAUUAAAGCUUUACAAAUUUCUGUAAUCUAAUUGAUCCUUCACAGAGGUGACUCUCCAAAUCAUGAAUCAACACUAUCCUCUUUGCAGAAUCUUCAUUCCAAGUUACAUAUCUACUUUGAAUUUCAAUCAAAUAUAUUGAAACUUAAUAGUGUUUCGCGUUGACCUGAUUUUAUGAAUGAUCUUUUGCUAUUUCUGCAACUCAUUCUUUGUGAAAGAUUGGGGAUAACAUGAAAUUGGUGAUAUGUGUAACAGUGUAAGUUUGUGUUUUCUUUCGUUUUGUUUCUUUCCACAAAUCAAUGCAUAAUUAAUAUUUUUUUCAAUUCUUAAAGUGAUAGCAUCUGAUAUUGAGGGCAACCAAUGAUUACAAAUGCUUGAGCUUGUGUUAUUUUAUUAACCAUUUUAUUGUUAAUUACACCACUAACACUUAUCAAUUUAAUUUUGGAUAAAAAGAAAAAAUACUUAACAGUG